AUGAAGAUCAUGAUCAAGUCGCUCGCCGGUGGCAACUUCCACCUCGAGGCCGAACCCACCGACACCAUUGCCACCAUCAAGAACAAGAUCAAGGAUGCCCAGGGACACGCUCCCGAGCAGCAGAAGAUCAUCUUCUCGGGCAAGAUCCUCACCGACGACAAGACCGUCCAGGACUGCAACAUCAAGGAAAAGGACUUCCUCGUCGUCAUGGUCUCCAAGCCCAAGGCCCCCAAGCCUGCUGCUGCUGCCGCCGCUUCCACCUCGGCUGCGCCCGCCAAGGAGGAGGCUGCUCCGGCCAAGGAGACCUCUGCUCCGACCCCGAUGGCGGAGGACAAGCCCGCUACUGCCGCCGCCGCCUCUGAAACGUCCGCUCCCGCUUCGACGGAAGCCUCCUCGACCGCUGCCCCGGCUGCUGCUGCCGCUCCGGCUCAGGAGCCUGGCGCACCCGGCUCGUCGAGCUCCUUCAUCUCCGGAUCGCAGCUCGAAUCGGCGAUGCAGAACAUGGUCGAGAUGGGCUUCGAGCGUGACCAGGUGCAGAAGGCGAUGCGCGCUGCCUUCAACAACCCCGACCGCGCCGUCGAGACGCCGUCCAACCCGCGUGCCGGCAACCUCUUUGAGGCGGCCGCUGCUCAGGCGCAGGGCGGCGGGCGAGGUGGCGCCGGCGCUGGUGCUGGAGCCGGUGCACUGGGUGACCUGCCGGGCGAGGACAACGGAAACGGCGAGCAGGUCAUUGACCUCGGCAACCCGGCAAUGCUCGCCCAGCUGCAGCAGCUCGUCCAGCAGAACCCGGCGGCGCUGCAGCCGCUGGUGCAGGCCAUUGCCCAGAGCAACCCGCAGCUGGCUGAGGCCCUCAACCAGGACCCGCAGGGCGUGCUGAGCCUCCUGGCCGGCGGCGCCGGCGGCGGUGAGGAGAUGGACCUCCCGACAAUGGCCGAGCUUAGCGAAGAGGACCGAACGGCUGUCCAGCAGAUUGUUCAGAUGGGCAUCCCGGAAAGCAAGGCGAUCGAGAGCUACUUCAUGUGCGGCAAGAACGUCGAGAUGGCGGUCCAAUAUUACUUUGAGAACCCGCAAGACUUUGACGACUGA